ACACUUCUACUCAAACUGCUGCCGCACUCAUGCAAAAACAGACUUUAGUCAGCCUAGAUAUCCUUCUGAAUUAAAAGUCUUUAAUCACAGCCCAGCGCAGAGACACGGGGGAGUACUACAUUCAUUGAUCAUUUGUUAAAGGAACUUUUAACACACACCGUGAUUCCCAUCCACCCAUAUGUCUCUCAUCCCCUUUUUCGUACCCUCCUCCCCUCUCCCAUCUCCCCUUUCCUCUUUCUACAGCCCCACACAUCCCUAAAACACCCCAAUCAUCCUGCAUCAACAGGCAUGUGAACCCGGUGUUUGGUUCAUCUCUCUCUCUCUCUCGCUGCUCUUUUUUCAUCGGCUUCCACUCUCCUAUAGCUUUCGGGUAAUUACCUGGCAUUUGCAUUGCAAAGUCCCCUGUGCCGCCCUCAGCCCCUCCGCAGGUGAUUGAGCUUCAUUUCCCCAGCAGAUAAAUGACAGAGAAAAGGGGAAGAGAGAGGAUGAGAGAGGAGGAAACGAGGUAUUGCAACAGGGUGUGAUUUUAUUCUUGCUUGCAGGAUAUGGGAACAUUGCCCUGGAUUCUUUCUUACUGGUAAAUUGGCUGGUUCAAAGCAUGCACAAGAAGUUUCCACACAUAAAUAACCGCCUUCAUUACUUUCACAUUACUGGUCUGGCACCAUCAAUGACAAAAUGUGGAGCGUAUGUGGCUUUUGAUGAGGCAAAUCCGGGACAUCAAAAAUUCUACUGGCUUGAAGACUUUGGAAUAGCAAUUUGUAACACCUUCACACGUCUGCAGCAAAGAUGACAUAACAUGACAUGUAGUGAUGUUGUACCCCAAUUUGAUUUUUACACCUUACCAUAAUUGCAGAUACUAUUGAUUGGACCGGUAACUCAAAGGACAAUAUAUCUCGUUAUUAAAGUGAUGAAGUUUAAUGCACCUACCUACUUGAAAAUGAUUACUAAAGAACAGAACAUCUCCACAAACACUCUGCAUGUGCCCUUUACACUGUUUCAUCAUAUCACACCAUAAUGGUGUAUCUGCAUGUCACAUAACAAUAAAUACUUACUUACGGUUCAGGUUUAAGUUACAUAAAUCAGAAGGUAAAAAGACAGCAUGGAUCAUGUGUAGAACAUAAUGUGUGGGAUGCUUUAUAUAGUAUUUAGCCACAAUAUUUUUAGUCAGAUAAAGCCUUUAGCUUUAAACGGACUUCUCCUAUUUCUCCUAAAAAAAACUACCCAGUAUUGAGUGGCAGCUGUCAUAAACAGACCGACUGGGCACUUUCUAUUAUUUAUUUUUUCUAAUUUUAACCCAUAUAAGCCAUUGUGUAGGCAAUUAACAGUGUACUCAUGCAGCUGUUACUCCUCCGGAUUAACCGUACACACUACCUCCUUGAAGUAAAAUGAACCACAAAGUGAUCCACGCGCGCAUACAUCCACCCAAACCCUCACCGCCACCCGCCACAAGCGCCUCCCGCCGCACGAGCGCUUAUAAUUGGCUCGGGCUCAUUUGCAUGCGGAACGGCGUGGAUAUUUAUUUCAAUUUAAUUUCGUUCCCGCACACGGUGCACCACUGUAGGCUUUUGUGCCAAAGUCAUAUUAACCCCUCGAUUAGUUAAUAUGCAGCGCACGCCGGUGCCCACGCACGAUGAAUAUUCAUAUGGGUGGCGCUAUCGCCGCCGCCGCCGUCUCCACCCCCCGGAAAAAAAAAAACCGAUGGAGGCAUCCCGGAAGACAUUUUCACGGUUGUUCCCACCAACUCUCCUUGUCGCGUCCGCGUGGCUCGCUGCCGCUGACUCAAUGGCAGAUAAGACCGCGCCGCUCAGCAGAGACCGGGCUCUGAAUGGAAGGCAGGACAAAAUGGUCGUGGCAGAAAAGCACGCAGCCAACGGGAAUCCCACUGUGGAGCCUUUUCCAGAAAGCAUGGAGACCAUCAUGCUUGGUCUAGGCUGCUUCUGGGGAGCGGAGAGACUUUUCUGGCGAAUUCCAGGAGUCUACACCACACAGGUGGGCUUUGCUGGCGGCUUUACACCCAACCCCACUUACCACGAGGUCUGCUCAGGCCUGACAGGUCACACUGAGGUGGUGAGGGUGGUCUUCUCCCCUGAAGAUGUUCGCCUCGAGGAGCUGCUCAAGCGCUUUUGGGAAAACCACGAUCCUACACAAGGUAUGAGGCAGCAGAAUGACCGUGGCACUCAGUAUCGUUCAGCCAUUUACACAUCCAACCCCGCUCAACAGGAGGCUGCAUUGAAGAGCAAAGUUGCCUUCCAGCAGGAGCUGGAUAAAAAAGGUUACGGUCAAAUCACCACAGAGAUCCGGGAGGGGCAGCUGUUCUACUACGCUGAGGACUAUCACCAGCAGUAUCUGAAGAAGGUCCCUAAGGGCUAUUGUGGCCUCAAAGGAACCGGAGUCUCUUGUCCUAUUGGAGCCGGAAAGGAUGAACUGUGAGGGAUAAAUGGAGGCAGAGAUAAGGAUGAGGAAUUCAGAAUGUUGUUAUUUGGGCAUUGAUUAAUAGAAAUCUAUGUACUUGUCAAUUAUAUUUUCCAUAUAACAUAUAUCUAGUGAUAUGAUCCGAUUGCUAAUACAUUAAUAAGCUUCAUUGAACAUUUUUAUCAGAGCUAAAACAUUGGUAUACGUUCUUUUGGAGAAUAAAAAAAAUGUCAAUUAUUGGCCAAAUAUGUGUGAGCACAAGUAAUUUUACGAGACAAUUUUAAGACACUUGCACUAUAAGAGAAGUUUUUCAGUACGGCACCUGUGAAACAGAAUGGCAAAUACAAAAUGCUUUGCAUAAGACAUAAAAUGCAUUAAAACACUUUUUAGAGGAGGAAAAGGAAUAAAUGGGAAUUUAACCUGAGGUUGUAGUGCACUGGUUGGACUGCAGUGUCGGUCAGUGUCCACGAGGUGGCAAUGUUUUAUAAAGAGCAGAGAGUGAAUGUUUUUAUUUUAGCCUCUAAUUAUUUGGAUAGGACGAUGUAAAAUAAUUAAAACUGACUUCAUUUUUCUCAAUCUUGAAAUAAUAAAAUAUAUCUCAAACUAUU